CCAGCCCGGUGGUGAAGUGUACCGCUUGCUAGUGGAAAUUGGAUAUGAAAUGUUUGCUAACUGCUUGAGAUUUCUCUGCUGUUAUGACUUUAACAAAUUGUCAAAAGUAGUUUCCACUUGUUCUCCUAGUUCCCCCCUUAAAGAAAGGGGAGUCGUCAAACGGAAAAGGUAAUGUGAGGUUAGUCUUUGACCUUCACUCAGCUGCUGGAGUUGCUGUGAGACGAUGUACUCACAUGGGUCUGAGUACGGUCACAGGCGGCAGUGCGGUGACAGGAGCUCAAGGCAGUGGGAUGACUAUGACGACGGAUGGGAAGAAAGGCGUGAACCUCACAGAGAUGCACCACGGGAUUCUUAUCAUAGGUAUGGUGGGGAUGGACACAGCAGCACAGAGAGAACUAACAGUAGUAGAGAGUACAGUGACUCGCCUAAGAGGCUCUACAGUAAAGAUUCACUGAGCAGAGACUGGAGCAGAAAGAGCCCAGUGAGACGACGCGUGUCUUCGCCUGAUAGGACUGCUGCUGAAAAGAAAAGGCAGAGGUUUACAGAUGAUGAUGAUGAAGAUGAUGAUUACAGAUACAGGUGUGAGCCUGAGGAUAAAACACACAGACAGUCACCAGACAGCUUUUCACAUGUACACGUACCCAAGGAUUUUAAACAUACACUACCACAGGAAGAGGAUUUCAAAUACAGGAAAACAUCGCAAGACUCCAGACACAGGCAUAGGCAUGAGGAGUUCACCUACAGGCAACAACAUGAUGAUUACAGACCAUUGUCUGGACAUUACAAAGACAGAGAUCGUUACAGAAGGAACUGGGACCGUUCAGAAGAGAGGACACGAUCACAAGAGCAUUCUGCUAAGAGGUGUGGCAAACCCAGAGAGCAGGAUGACAGCCCUUCAACAGAUCAUGAGGAUCAUCGUCAAAACAGAACAAGGUUUCUGCUGAAUGAACCUAGUGGACAGUCCUUUGAGAGCGAUGCCACCAACCAAAGUCCUGCUGUUCCUGAGCAGAAGUCAUCUACGGGUUUCCAGCGUUUCCUCGAUGUGCUCAACAAAGGUGUGAAUGUCGACAUGCUGACCAAGAUAGUGACUCAGACCUCUGCAGAAGUAGGUGAUCGACCAUGUUCUCCGGUUUCCUUCAUGAACACUGCAGAUCAUCUGUGGUCUCCCAGUUCUGCUGGGAGGCAACAAGGAAGCCACCAAAAUAACCGCCACUGGAGUGAGAGCGAGGGAUCACAGAGACCGACUUCUCCACAGCCUCAUCACAGAUCGUACAGCCCACAGGGGUCCUCUGUGUCUGAUGACAAGUCUCUGCAAAGGAGCGAUGGAGGACAGACCUACUACAGCUAUAACAGUAGAUCCGGGUCUCCGUCAGUGGUGGAGAAGAUAACCCUGACACCUGAAGAUGAGCACAAGCACAGGCAAAUGCAAAACGUUCUCCAAGCCAUCGGCAUGGAUUUGGGAUCUGAGGAACUGGGCCAAAUGUCACAUCGGAUCAAGGAGCGGUUAUACGGAAAGAAGGAUAGUGACUGGGGCCGCCAUCGUAGGGGAAGUAGGGAAAGAGACACAAAGCGAGCGUUUUCUCCGAGACAUCAAAGUAGAUCAUCAUCAUCAAGCAGGUCCAAUUUCAGUCCUUCUACUCGGGACAGUUACAUGAAAAAAGACUUGUGUGGUUCACAGAGGGAUGUAACAGAGGUACAUCCAGCACAGGUGCAUCCAGCUGUUGAAUAUGACCAGAGCGGCAGCAGCAGUUCUUUACAGGACAGUGAGAAAUCUGAAACUAACUCUCAGGAAACCACUGCUGCAUUACAAACAGUUUCUCCAAAUUCCACAUACAGUUCAUCAGAGCCACCUCUUCCACCUGUGAUGCCGACAUACUCCCCAGUGAACUGUUCACCGCUGCCGUACCCAGCUCUGCCUCCUAACCUGCCCCAUGUUGGACCCGGUCUUUUCUUGCCUUGCCUACCUCCCUUCCUCCCUUACCCCCAUAUCCCACCUCUGAACAUCUUUCCAGCGGUGCUCUCUCAAACGAGGCAUCUACUCCCACAACAGAUCAGUAACCCUCAGUUACCCCUUUUUAACCUGCCAGAUGUAAACCCAGUUCAGCCUCAGAACACAACACAGAAAUCAAAAACACCAUCAAGGCCCCGAUGUUUGCAGGUCAUUGAAACCAAACAGCCUGGAUGAAGACAGUUGCACAGGAUGAAAAUCGGACUUUUUAACUGACUGGUAGUCCAACAGUUACCUUCUGCCUCUGGAGAGUAAUACAAGACAUUCAUAGAGUAAACACUUGGGCCUUCACAGUGCCCUGUUUUAACCUCAAAUCACACAGCUGAACAUCAGCCAGAGAAAAUCCACCCUGAGCAUCUGCGAGCAAGAUAUGAUGAAAACAAGACAGAUGAGUUAAUUGACAGUAGUUGAUGACAACUAAAUCGGCAAAACAUCAGUUUAUUAUUUACAAUUAGAAACUAUAAUUUGAUACAUUGUGAUUUUUGUUGAAAUUAUAUGUCUGCAGAUGUCUUAUUGUAGGAUACAGCCUUUACCUUUAUAGAAUGCAUCGGAGUCCAGUGUUUGGUCUUCAGCGGGUUUUGGACAACCUAUGACUACAAAAUGUGCUUUGCACUUAAGCUUGUCAGCUCAGAAAACUGCUGUAUAAAUAUCUGAACUGCAUAAUAAACACACUGA